CUGUCUUUAGUAUGUAAACUGUAGCGAUUAGUGCAACUAUAUUUUACGAUAUUUCGAAAGAAACCUGCAUUUAAUGGUGUUUAAAUAUGAUAUCGUCAAAUAUAGACGAAAAUGAAAAGGACAAAUCUACAGAUGUGUACGACUCGAAUUCUUCCAAGCCAAAUCUUAAAGGAGACUGGUCGAAUUUUUUCUUGCUGCUAUUACUGUACACUAUGCAAGGUUUCCCUCUGGGUCUUACUUCAUCUAUACCAAUACUUUUGCAAAGCCAGAAUGAUAUAUCCUACCAAGAUCAGGCUUUAUUUAGUUUAGCUGGAUGGCCAUUUAGUUUAAAACUAUUAUGGGCUCCUUUAGUAGACGCACUCUAUAUAGAAAGAAUAGGAAGGCGAAAAUCUUGGCUCAUUCCAGUCCAAUACUUAAUGGGAACAUGCUUUCUCUAUAUGGCUAAAGAUAUUGACGAUUUAUUGCCCAACACGGGAACGCCAAACAUCGCGGUAUUGAUGUGUAUGUUUUUCGUCUCUAAUUUCCUAGCCGCCACGCAAGACAUAGUUGUCGAUAGUUGGGCCUUGACAAUGUUAAAAAAGAAUAAUGUAGGCCAUGCGUCUACAUGUAAUACUACUGGACAGGCAAUUGGUAUCAUGUUAGGUUCCGUGUUCCCGAUAUUGUUUGCGUCUGAAGACUUCUGCAAUAAAUACUUACGGGUGACGCCCAGUACGGGAGGAUUAGUGACUAUGAAAAGUGUACUAUACGCUUGGGGCUUGAUAUUUAUCUGCGUGACAACAUUGAUUGCCAUAUUCAAAAAAGAAAAUGAUUGUAGAUUAGAGUUUGAUCAUGUAAAACUCAACGUCGCUCAAAACUAUACACUACUGUGGGAUAUUUUAAAGCUACCUAGUAUUCGGAUAUUGGCAAUAGCAUUACUUACAGCAAAGGUUGGAUUUUCUGUGACGGAUACUGUGACGUACUUGGAACUUGUCGAUGCCGGUGUAUCAAAAGAUGACAUUACUGUUAUUAACACAGGUAUGUUCGUGGUGAAAAUACUUAUACCACUAGUAACAGCAAAGUACACUUCGGGACCAAAACCAAUGAGCAUAUAUUUAAAAUCUACAGCCAUGAAAUUAAUCUGGAGCUUAACAUUUAUCUUAUUGGUUUACUUUACUCCAACGCUGAUAAAUGACGAUGGGGUCAGAAAUAUUCCGAUAUAUUAUUAUGCUAUUUUAAUAUUAAUACUGUUUGUAGACGAGAUCCUAUCUUACAUCAUGUUUGUUGCUGUGUUAGCUUUUUUCUCUCGGAUAAGCGAUCCUCGUUUUGGCGGUACUUACAUAACAUUUUUAAACACAGUAACAAAUUUGGGUGCUACGUGGACGUCCACAGUUGCACUUGGAGUAAUUGAUUUACUGACAUUCAAAAAAUGUUCAUUCGAUUCUUAUAAUUACUGCUCUACAUUAGAUUAUAAAAACACAUGUGAAGAGGAUGGAGGUGAUUGUAUUACAACAGUAGACGGUUUCUACUUAGGAACACUUUUAAGCGUUACAUUUGGAUUUGCUUGGUAUGGUUUUUUUAAGAAUAUCAUUAGAAAACUUCAAACUAAAGGAGCUUCUCAUUGGAUGGUGAAUAUAAAACGACCAAUUUCAGAGAGUAUCUAAGUGUAAUAUACUAUGACUGUAUGUUGUAUAAUCAUGAUAUUUAAUUUAAUUAUCUACUAAAUAGAUCAAUUGUGACUAAAAUAGUUAUACUUUGUUAUGUUUUUUAUUAAGUAUAAUUAUUUAAUACAGUAAAAAUGAAAUCUA